CAGCGCUGCCCGCGCCUGCCGGGCCCAGCCGUGAUUGACUCCGGCCCGGGCCGGCCGCGCUGCAGCGCUCGGGACAGACGGCGGGGUGGUCAUUUUCGGCCGCUGUUCCGCUCGCAAAAGCCGAAGGGUUGUGAAAGUUUUUCAGGCUCUCGAUUGCGGCGAAGUUCCCUCUGAAGGUCGUGUCAGCUUGUUUGUGCUGCUAGGAUGAUGUAGCGGAAAUGAUAGCCGAGCCCAACGCAGCCAGUAACCUUCCCAGCCGAAAAGAGAAUGCUGUGCAUGAUGAGACUGUGCCCGAGUCUGCUGCACAGAAUGGCAACUGUGUGAGAAAUGGCAACCUGAAAACACCAAGAGAGAAGCGGAAGGUCCGAGAACAGUGUGAGAACAUAAGGAGGAAUUCUACCGGUAGCAGAAGAGUGAGCCAGCUGCAGAAUGGCGAAGUGGUUGAGGCAGUUACCUUGUUUGAAGUGGUUAGCAUGGGGAAGCAGGCCAUGCAGUCUGUAGUAGUUGACUGGGUUGAAGCUUAUAAACAAGACAGAAAUCUGGCACUUCUGGAUCUCAUCAACUUCUUCAUUCAGUGCUCAGGCUGUCAAGGCAUGGUAACAGCAGAGAUGCUUCAGAGUUUGUACAAGAAGGAUGUCAUGCGAAAAAUGACAGAGACCUUUGAUAAGGAAACUGGGUUGCAAUAUAAGAAAUUCAUGGCUUAUCCUUGGAUCCUGACAGUUACUUGGCCGGUGGACAUGGACAAUGAAGACUACCCACUGAUCAGAACAGGACCCUAUUGGAAGAAGUUCAAGGCCAAUUUCUGUGAAUUCAUUGCAGUGCUUGUCCAGCAGUGCCAGUGCAGCAUCCUGUAUGAUAACUACUUGAUGGACACCAUCAUCUCGCUGCUUACAGGUUUAGCAGAUUCCAUGGUCAGAGCGUUCAGGCACACAAGCACUUUGGCAGCAAUGAAACUUCUGACAGCAGUUGUAAGCAUCCAUCUGAACCUUGAUGUCAACAAGCACAAUGCUCAAAGAUUGUAUGAGGUGGAGAAGAAGAGGAUAAGUGGCAAGAGGACCAAUGGCAGACUUGAUCAGCUAGAGAGAAAAAGGAAAGAGUAUGAACAUAAGCUUCUAGAGGUACAGAACAUGAUGAAUGCUAUUUUCAAAGGGACCUUUCUAAACCGUUACCGUGAUGUUAUUCCUGAGAUCAGAGCAACUUGCAUCGAAGAAAUUGGCAGAUGGAUUAAAACAUACCCAGAUGCUUUUUUGAAUGAUAGCUACUUAAAAUAUAUUGGGUGGAUGCUGUAUGAUAAGCAAGCUGAAGUGCGGUUGAAGUGUCUUCUGGGACUGCAGGGAAUUUAUAGCAGAAAAGAACUUGCUUCCAGGAUGGAUCUCUUUACUAACAGAUUCAAGGAUCGAAUUGUGUCCAUGCCUCUGGACAAGGACCAUGAAGUAGCAGUUCAAGCCAUGAAACUCUUGAUGCUUAUGUCACAGAACUGUGAGGAUGUGUUAUCAGCUGAAGACUGUGAAAUGUUAUACCAGUUUGUUUAUGCCACUCACCGUCCGCUUGCAGUAGCAGCUGGGGAAUUCCUCUAUAAAAGGCUGCUUGGUCAUGAGGGAGAUAGAGAAGUUCAGCCCAAAGGAGGAAGAAAGUUUGGGGCGAGCACUGACCAAUUGAAAAGAUUAAUAGACUUUUUCCUGGAGAGUGAGCUACACAAACAUGUUGCAUACCUAGUAGACAGCUUGUGGGACUGGGCAGGCAAAUUUCUGAAGGACUGGGAGUGCAUGACCACUCUUCUAUUAAAAAAUGCUGAAGAGGUUGGAGAAGCACUGAGCGAUGCCCAGGAAAAUGCUCUCAUUGAAAUCAUCCUCGCAGCAGUCAGAGAAGCAGCUGAAGGUCAUCCUCCAGUGGGCAGGGGUGCAGCCAAAAAAAUUUUGUCAGUAAAAGAGAAGAAAAUCCAAUUGGAAGAUUGUACCAAAAUUACUGAACACUUUAUUAUGGUGCUUCCUCAGCUCUUGGCAAAGUAUUCAACAGAUGCAGAAAAAGUGGCAAAUCUUCUGCAGAUUCCUCAGUAUUACGAUUUAGAUGUUUGCAGUAUGGGACAUCUAGAGAAGCAUUUGGGUGCUUUACUGAGAGAGAUAAAAGACAUUGUGGCCAAACACUCCGACAUGUCUGUCCUCGAGGCUUCCUCCAGGACUUAUUAUGUCCUCUGCCAUGAAGAAAUUGCCAUAUAUAACCAGGUGGAUUGUGCUCGAACUCAAAUGAUAGAUGAGUUGAUCAAACAAUUAAACCAGCUACUAGAUUGCUUCUGGCAAAAGGAAGGAGGAUUUUGUACGGAUGCAGGAGAAAUUUCCCGGAUGCACUCUGCUUUGAGAAGAGUAGCAGCUUUUCAUAAUGCCCAUGAUCUAACUAAGUGGAAUCUGUAUGACAAGACUUUAAGGUUCCUAAUGUUUGAAAUGGAACAUGGCAGUUUACCUGUUCUGAUUAUCCUACCAGCUCUCCAAUGCACAUAUUUUUCUCUCCUGUGGCAACUAGCUGCAGUAUCAGAAAAUUCUCCCAAGGAGAUUCUUUUUGCACUAAGAAGGGAACUGAGACGUUUCAGUCAGAUUUGCACAUGCUUCCUCCACCAUAAGGAAAAGGAUGUAAGAGAAAAGGCCUUCAUGAUACUGUGUGACUGGUUGCUGAUUUUGAGUCACCUGGAUUCAAAUAAUAAUGAAGAAGCAGUUAGACUUCUAGGUUAUCUUCCUAACACACCACUUCAGGAAAAACUGUUUUCAUUUAUCAAGGAACACGUUUUCAUGGACAACGAAGAGCUAAAAAAAGAUCUGACAGAAGAGGGAAAGGAUGAAUCUUGCAAACUUGAUGACUUGCACAAAAAGCGGAGUCUUCUGGCAGCAUAUUGCAAGUUAAUAGUAUAUAAUGUGGUAGAGAUGACUGCAGCUGCUGAGAUCUAUAAGUAUUAUGUGAAGACCUACGGUGAUUUUGGAGACAUAAUUAAAGAAACAUUAAGCAAGACAAGAUACAAUAACAAAAUUCAGAGUGCCAAGACACUGAUUCUCUGUUUGCAGCAGCUGUUUCAGACACAUGCAGAAAGCCAAGACAGCAGUAGUGGUGUGGACUUCUCCUCUCCUUCCUUUGCAAACAUCAAAGAACUUGCUCGUCGCUUUUCACUAACAUUUGGUUGGGAUCAGGUGAAAUCUAGAGAACCUAUAGCCAUGAUACACAAGGAAGGGAUUGAAUUUGCUUUUCAAGGAGCUACUGGAGUAGAUGGAAAAUGCUUGCCUCCUAACUUGAGCUUUCUGUUAAUCAUCAGUGAAUUUUCCAACAAACUGCUAAAGCCAGACAAAAGACUAGUGUAUAGUUACUUGCAGAGGUACAUAACAGAGCCACUGUCCUGCAGAGGAGACGAAUGGCAGCCCUUGGUCUGCUACAGAAACUCUUUAUUGGCAAAUGAAGAUGAGGAGACCUCUGUCCUUGGCAGUUUGGGAGAGUGGCCCCCCAUGGGCUCAUCUAAGACAUCUUCUUUUAAAAGGAAAUUGUCUAAUGGGUCUUUGCCUGAAACCAGCCAGACUGAAGCAGCAAGCAAAGCCCUAAAAGAGCAGUGUGCUUCCCAGCUUCCCUCUGCAGUAGGGAAAAGCAGAAAGAGGCUGAAAUCUCAGGAGAUGUGCUUGCAGGAACAUUUGCCAUUGCUUUGUCCAGGAGCGCUGCAUAGAAGAUACUGUAAAGAUGAAGUUAAGACAGAAGAUGUCUCUGAAGAGGGUCCAGCAGAAGACACAAUUGAAGAUGUUGAUGUUGUUGGUACAGACCAGGUAAUUCUGGCUAGUUUUCCAGCUCUGAGGACAGCUGUAGUUGAGGUGGGUGAAUGUCAGGUCAGUCUCCUGGGUAGCUGUGUUGCAGCAAAGGGGAUUGCUCUUUUGUAGCCCUUUUCAGGAUGAGAAAAGAGGGAUGCCCUCUUCCUUUUCCAGCUGCAACUGUAGUUUCCUCCUUCAGCUCUAUCUGCCUUUUAGAGGCAAUCCUUAUUGUAGCAUCUAGAAAUCCUUAGGUCAGUUGUAAGGAUUGAAUGUCACUUAGGAUGCAUUAAGAGGAGGAUCCCCUUUCUUUUUUCCCAUACUGUGAAGCUUCCUUAUUAAAAGCCAUUUGCUUCAGUUGCUUUGUGUUACUGACACAUUGCAGAGAUGGCACUGCUGCAUGGCCUGCAGGGCAUAUCUACUUCAGAAAUGGUGUUUGCAUUAUGCUCAGACUUGGAAUGUGUCUGAUCACUGGACAGCCCUGGGCUCUUGCUGGAGUAUCCCUUGUUUCCUGCCCUUUUCCAGUCAAGGCUGUUGGGCAGAUCAAAUAGUCCCCAAACAUACUGGGGAUUUGAAGGGAAGCAUGAGACCAUUGUGGCCUUGGAGUGGCAACCAGCGUAGCCAAGGGCUUGUCGCAUGGGCACUGAUUGCCUUUGGGAUCAAAAUUUGGCAAAGCUGCAGCUGUCUGCCUGGGUCUCAGCUCAGUCCUGGACUGGAUCCUUGCAGCAGGGAAGGACUUUUAGCCUUUUGGGCCGGUGGAGUGCAGUUAACUCAGGAUGUUGUACAGCAGGGUCUUGUGAAGUGACUGUUCAAGGAAAGGGAUGGGGGGAAAGAAAGGCCACGAUUUUUCCUGUGCUGUAGCUAAUCAUAACCCUUCUGCCCCCUCAAGGUUUCUGUGUCAGCCACUACAGGGGGCUGAGCAGUUCCUUCAAGUUUUUUUCCUGCUAUUUCCCCCUGCUCUCUGCACUUCAGAACAUAACUCAGUGUUUGGCAGAAAGUAUUUUUGCAGUUAGUCAGACAACCCCUAGAUUUCCAGUGAGUGGUUAUCUGGGAUCCAACAACCACAUUCAGACUUUUGUCUUUUUAAAUGAGUUUUUGCUGUAAAGUUCAGCCAAUGUUUUUUUAACAUAUGGUGGGCUUUUAUUUUUAAAGAGGACUAGAAGGGAAGAAAAUGGACUUCUACCUUUUCUUUCAGUCUUAUGCAUGUUAAAAUGUAGACAGUUUGGCUCAUGUAGUUGAAACAGCUCCUACUGAAGAUAGAUAAUAGAAUUUAACUCCAUGGACAAAGAUCAAAGCCAUACGUAAAUUGCACUACUUAGGCAGUAUGGUGCCUUUCUGUGUAGUGCCUUUUCUGGGCUUUUUGGGGUAUGGAAAAUGCUUCUUUCCUUUUGUGGAAGCUGUAGUUCUUUAUAAGAGCUGGCUCUAUGGCUAAGCUGCAGAAUGGUUAGAUGCUACACUGCUACUCAGAUUCCUUAUAGGCCAUUACAUGAUGUCUCCUUCACAGUAGAGGACUGACAAUCUAAUCUCUUUUUUCUUGUCAUGUAGGACAGUUAAGACAUUGAGAGGAUGAACAGAAGUGAAGCACACACUAUAUUUUUUCUGCAAAUUGUUUAACUUGUCAAUGUAGUGUGUGAGCAUCAACUGAGGUGGCAGGAGACAUGGAUCCAGUUGUCUCUGUGCCCGUGGGCAUCCACCCAGAACCAGUUUGUAAUACUGGCCGAUUUCUCACCAUUGCUGGUUGUGGGCAUUACUGAGGUGGCAGCUGCAAUUCUAGGGUUGGGCAUUCUGAGCAUCAUUACUCAGCUGCAUCCUGAUCCUUGAUGCUACCUUGGAGGAGCUUGCAGUUGAAGAAUUGGAAUCAGGGUAUUGACAAACACUGAAUUAAAGACACUGUGAACCAGGUGAGACAAGCUUGUUUGAAGCAUGUGGGGGCAGUGCUCUGCUGGCAGAGAUAACCAAAUGGAGAUCUGUGUGUUUCCUUGCACCUGGCACUGGGGAAGAAGGAGCCUGGCCGCACUGUGAACACUGGGACCUGCUGGGUGAUGACAAGUGCCAUUUCCUGCCUGUAAAAUGGAAAACCUGGAUCAAGCAUCUGAAAGUAUUUCUGAAUUGCAUCGCUUAGAGAAAUGUGGUUAGAGGUCUGUAAGCAUUGGGACAUCUUCCCAGGAAACUUGUCAAGAGUAACAAAGAAAGAAACAGGGGACCAGCUGACUGUUUUCCUCUGGAAGAAGUCCUUUUCAUACAGUGAUCUUGUGGUGUUUACUUGGAAAAAGCCUGGAAAGACAAUGUAAAUAGACUGUAAAUAUGACCAUUUAAAAUAGUAUUUAAUUUGCAUUAAGAAUUUGCAAAUGAUCUUCACUCAAGAGUGUUUCAGUGGCAGUAGGCUGGGGAGUAUGGGCUGCUUUCACUGACCCUUCUCACUGCUCCCUGGAAUUGUACAUUUCAGUAAUCAUAUCGGCUUUAUUUUUUAUAUAUAUAUAUAUUUUGAAUUGUAACUAUCUAAAAUAAACUACACAAUUAUUGCUAA